CUCCGCAUCGCUCACCUGGCGCGUCGCUUCCCGGAGCUCCGCGGGUCUGGAGGACUCCAAUUCCUUCUCGCAGAGUGUCUGCAGCCCCACCUGCGUUUGCAUCCUCGGCUGACAAAAUGCUGCACCUGAACGGGAUGGUUUCCGGGCUGCUGGACGGCCUGCGGAGCCAGGUGUCCCUCCACCUCGCCUGCUCCAAGUGCAGUCAGAGAGAGAACGAGAGCACCUACCUGCUGAAGCAGGUGGACCAUCACUGCAUGAUGGAAAUCUUGCUGGCCAGGUGCAAGGGGGCGAGAGGUAGCCAGUGGCGCAAAGUGGACAGGAGACCCUCUUUCCCCAGACCGGCUUUCUACGACAUCUGCCGGUAUUACGUGGCUGGCUUGGGCUGCACCAGGCAUCACAACUCCUGCACCUUCGCCUGGAGCCGAGAGGAGGUGAUCGUGUGGACGUUCGAGAGGAAAUACAACUUGGAAAGGCACGUGUUAAAGUCGCUGUUGAAACUGAUCCAGUCAGGCGUGGCGCCCAGCACCCAGCGUAUACCCACUGAUCUCAGCAGCCCGGAAGAAAUCCUCAGUGAAUUUGGAGGUUAUUUCCAGGAAAUCUGCAAAACUUGUUUUUAUAACCGUCCCCAGCGGAUUUCUCCCAGGGGCUCCACUCACAGUUGCAUGAAUCACUGGGACUUCACUUUGGUCCAUGUGAUCGCCGAUGGUAAGAAAAAAGAGCAAUAUAAUGAGAUUCGGCCCUGUCCAGCAAGCCGUAGGGUCUUCUCGUACUGUUCCUCCGUCUCGACCGGCAGACCUUGCCGGAAUAGCUGCAGUUUUGCCCACAGCGAUGUGGAGCUGGCCAUCUGGAAGGCAGAGCAAGGAAAAGGCUUGGAGCGCGCCAACCUGCUGCGUCCGGCGGUGGAGGCGACGGCGAGCCCACCAGACUCCGCGCCACAAUAUCAAUUCUACUGCCGGGUGUGCCUGGUGACGUGCGAUUCUCAGCAGAGCUUCGAGAACCACUGCUCGUCGGUGGAGCAUACACAGCUGAUCGCCACCGACACGCUGACUGAGUGGACUUAUCGCGCCCCUCCAUACGAUCCAAAGACCUUUUCUCUUUGCAAACGACCAGACAUUUGUGAAUAUGGGCAGGAUUGUGCCAGGGCGCAUUCGGUCCAGGAAUUGGAAGAGUGGAUCCAGCGGGCGAAAAUUGCUGAGAGAAAGAAGAAGGUGGCCAAGCAGGACGGUCUCUUAGCUUACCAGGAUCGGCUUAUCGCCGAGUACCAAACGAGCCACAACGAAGUCUUAAUUAUUUCGGAGGCCGUGGAUGGCGUGAGGGUCACGUGCAAGCAGCCACUCCGGAUCCACUCAGAGAACAAGAAGUUGCAAUACGAGUGGGUCUUCACCAUCCAUUCCCAGAUGCCACUGAUCCACGUGGCCCUAUUAAAGAGAAUCCCAGGAGCCAACUUCUCCUUAGCCGUGCCGGGAAAGACUCAGCUUCUGACUUACGCUUCCGGAAACAGCUUCAAAACUGUGCGGGCGUCACCACCAGCUGUUGAGGUGAAAGUCCGCUUGAAGAGUCACAUCUUUGGGGUCUACGAGCAAUGGCUGGUCUUUGAUUUUGGCAGCCGGCCUGUCUUGGUUCAAAAGCUCUACGCCCGGGUGGGUCCGAAGGAAGCACCAUGGCGGGUGGAUCCGGCUGCUGAAUCCGUGAGCUGCUUUGUGCAGGGUAGGCGCUGGCACACUGGGAACUGCAUAGUGGUGCCCAGCGUGGAUCGCACGGGCAAGGAUGUGGAACUGCUGGCUAAGUACAAGGCCCCCUCCCUCUCAAUGGACUUCCAGCGAGGGGCAAGGGGCAAGCCCAUCACCCGCGUCAACUACCAUGAAGAAAUGCACAACUUCCUCUUCCAAGAAGAAGAAGCUCAGCAGCUUUUGAUCUCUAAGCUCAACUUGCACGCGAAGGUCUCUUUUGUAAAGUGUGUGGAAGACUUACAAUUAGGGAUGAAGUUUGCUCCCCCAGGACAGCUCUAUGCCCAGGUCCCGACCCCUUACUCGUUGACCAUGGACUCCAACGAAGGGUACCUGCUUCAACGCUCAGUCAGAACAGCCUUCCUGGCCCGGGAUCCACCUGCCAACAACCGUGUUUACGAGGUCUCCGUCGAGAAAGAAGCUCUCACCGAAAAGAGUGUCUGUCUUGUCCUUCCCCAACGUUCCUGCAUUGAACUGGGCCUCCAACCGGACACGUCUGCCAAAAUGGAAGUCCAGUUCCAAACGGACCACCUCCAAUUCUGCAAAUGGCACCACGCCGUGGACAGCUUGUGGGAUGUGAAGCUGGUCUUUCCAGAUGUGACCACCUGCUCCAUCCCACGUGGAACUUUGCAGGUGCCAUGGGGGAACAUGAAGCAGAAGCAAGCUCUUUGCUUCAUCACUGGUCAGGUGACUGGUUUCUGUAGAACACCACCUCUUUUGAUCUACGGACCAUUUGGGACUGGAAAGACCUUCACGUUGGCCAAGACUACCCUGGAGAUCAUCAAGAAGCCCCAGACACGUGUGCUUAUCUGCACCCACACCAACAGCGCGGCUGAUAUCUACAUUCGUGAAUAUUUCCACAACUAUGCCAUCUCAUCGCACCCUGAGGCUAUUCCAUUAAGGGUGAAAUCCACUUUCCGUUCGGUCAGAUCAACUGACCCCAUUACCCUACGCUACUGCUGUCUCUCUCCGCGUGGAAAUGAGUUUUGCCUCCCUACUAGAGAACAGAUGGAUCGCCACCGGAUUGUCCUCACCACCUGCAUGACCUCACGAGAUCUUGGAGUGCCCUGUGGUUAUUUCACUCACAUCUUGAUUGAUGAAGCUGCCCAGAUGUUGGAGUGUGAAGCUCUAGUCCCUCUCUCUCUGGCUAGCCUGACAACCUUGAUUGUUCUGGCAGGGGACCAUAUGCAGAAGACCCCCAGGCUCUACUCGUUGCACAAGGAUGAGCAGUCCGCCGACUACACCCUGUUGAAUCGCCUCUUCCAACAUUACAAGAAGGAGAAGCAUGAAGUGGCCACCAAGAGCAGGAUCAUCUUCAAUGAGAACUAUCGGUCUACUGCAGGAAUAAUUGAGUUUGUCUCCAAGCACUUCUAUGUGGGUAGAGAAGAUACCAUCGGUGCCAAAGGCAACGUCCCUCCUCACCCGGAGUUCUAUCCGCUUAUGUUUUGUCACGUCUCUGGUAGUGCCGAGAAGGACAGAUCCAUGAGCUGGUACAACAUCUCCGAGAUUGAACAGAUCAUUGAGGAAGUGCAGGAAAUGGAUCAGAAAUGGCCGGUUGAAUGGGGGCAGAAGAACCUCAAGUCCAUCUGCGUGGUCUCUUAUGGCAUACAGGUGAAAUUUAUCCGAGACAAGCUGAGAAAAAGCGGCUUUUCAGAAGUGACUGUGGAGAGCUAUGACAACCUAGCAGGGCGAGAAUUCCGUGUCAUCAUUAUCAACACUGUGCAUACCUGCAACAGCCUGGUCCAUGUCAGUUCCUCUAAUCUGGAGUAUUUCAACAAUGCGCGGGUGUUGAACACCAUCAUAACAAGGGCCCAGUCGCAGGUCAUCGUAGUCGGAGACGCCGUCGCUCUGUGUUCUCAUGGCCAGUGCAGCAAGAUCUGGAAAAGUUUCAUCAAGAAGUGCAUUGAGAAGAAGUCCAUUACUCCUGAAACGCUGACCUUGGAGGAGAUAAAGCAGGUGACGUCCGAUUUGGCCGCCUGGAACAGAGAAAGCCCCGAAUCCGAGGAAGAAGGUAGCAAUACAGACUCUUGGGACUCCGACACGGAAAGUUUAAACCUUGAUGAUCCAAUAUUGCAGGAACUCUUGGAUGAAAGCAAAGAGUUGAUGGUGUUGGUAACUGAAGAAGGCCUGUUGAAGGUGAAAUCGGACGUCUCAGUCCCUGAACGGAGAAGGCAACAGUACAGCAACUAUUCCUUGCAAACGAUGCAGCAGUAUUUGCAGAUGCAGCCCCAGCGAUACAAACGUUGCGAAUUCAUCCAAGAACGGUUUGAUCAAGCUUCUGCCUUCACUCUGGAUGAGGCUUCCUUGAUGAUCAUCCAGAUCAAGGGUCGAGUCAACUGUGGCAUGGCCUUCACUGGAGACCAGGUCUUGGUGGAGAUCCUGACGCCCAAAGUUACUCCUGAGGACAACCCUCAUGGGAAAGUGGUGGGCAUCUUAAAAAAGGUGGCACGAGAUCUCACCUUUGUCUGCAAAGUGGAUGAGUUUGAUCUCCGGGUCAUGAUCCCCAUUGACCAGACUGUCACAAAAAUUUUUGUCCCUCCAUUGAGAGACGAGGCUGACUCUAUUCCCAUCCGCAGACUUGACCAGGCAGGAAAAAUUAAGUUGAAGAGCAGGAAAAAAAUAACACCAGAAAACCGGAACACAUGCCUUUUCGUGGUACGAAUCAUGAAAUGGGAAGAAGGUUAUUACUACCCUCUAGGAAUUGUUACAGAGGUCCUUCCCUUGGCUUCCUCACUAGAUGAUGGGCUUCGUAUUCUGGAUUUGGAAUAUAGAUUGUCCAGUGGAUAUCCUGCCUCAGUGGACAGCCAAGUGGCCAAAUUAAUCUCUGGUUACCCCACUCUGAUGAGAGCAGAGAGGAAAGACUGUCGGGCUUACUUUACUUUCACGGUUGACCCCUUGGGUGCCAAAGACCUGGACGAUGCCAUCAGUGUCCGAGAUAUGGGUGCCAAAUAUGAGAUUGGGAUCCACAUUGCUGACUUGGCCUCUGUGAUCCACAAAGAUUGUCCUUUGGAUACAGAAGCCAAGAACCGAGGGUUAAGUUAUUAUGCUCCUGAGAAGCCUAUACAUAUGUUCCCACCACAGCUCAGUCAGAAUCUCUGCAGUCUCCUUCCUCACAAGGAACGAUUGGUGAUUUCUCUCUUUGUCGUAAUGGAUAAGGCCACGGACCAGAUGGAAAAAAUUUCCUUUGCCAUGUCCAUUAUCUGUUCUAAUCGGCAGAUGACUUAUGAGGAAGCUGAAGGGAUCAUUAAGAACCACUACAAAAUAGAGGCACCAUCACCUAAUUUUGACACCUUAGAAGAUUAUGUUGCGACGGCGUAUCAUUUCUCCCGUGUCCACCGGAAGUCCAGGCUUCACGAAGACUGUCAUUAUGACCAAUUGGAUGAAGAAAUUCCUUUAGGUCAGCGAUGUUCUCACCAGAUGAUUGAGGAGCUUAUGAUCCUCUUCAACAGUUCUGUGGGAGAUCUGCUCACAAACCGGACUCCUACCAGAAAUUUAACCCCGCUUCGUUGUCAGGUGGAGCCCAACCCUCAACAAAUCUCCCAAAUGAGGGAGAAAUACAAAGAUGUCAUUCCUCUGUCCACCCACCUCUCCCAUCACCUAGGAGCUCCAACUGGUGAUGCCCUCGUGAAGACUAUGCAUCCAUUUGUUCUCUUGGCUUCCUCGUGGGAUCAUCUCAAGUCAGCGGCCAAUGACCGUGACUUUCCCAAGAUGCUUGACCUCAUUACCACAGAUGACAUCCACCCUAAACUUGCGCCCAUCAAUUUAGAAUUUCGGAAGCUCUUGAACCGUUCUUAUUUUCUUCGUUCUAAUUCCUGUCCUCAGGCCAAGCUGGGCCACUACUCUUUGCAUGUGGACUCAUACACCUGGGCUACCUCUCCGGUUCGGCGCUACGUGGAUGUAGUCGUUCAACGGCAUAUUGUCUCUCUGAUUUCCAAGAAACCCAUCCAGUACUCCGAAGUAGAAAUUGAAUUCCUCUGCCAUGAUUUCAACCAGAAGAAUGGCAGGGCCAAGAUGUACCAGCGAAGAAUCCGAUCGUUGGAACUGGCCACCCAGUUGAAAUGUCACGUUCAAAAGAAGUUUGCUUUCAUUGCCAACGUGGAAGGGAAAGCCCAACAUUUCAAACUCUUGUUUCCUCUCAACAAUGAGACCUUUCCAGAUAGUCCCAGCAUCAGUUAUAGAGCCCUUCAGUUGGUGUCCCAACCAAAUUUCAAUGAGGAGCGGAACAGUAUGAAGCUGACGUGGAGAAGAAGAAUUUACUCCUGUGUAACCAAAAAGGAGGAUGAAGUGAAGUUGUCAGAGAUCGGAGGGAACAUCUUUCACUUCGAUGGAGAUGUGUGGCAUGAAAUCCUUGCAGCUGUCAAAAAUGAAGACUACGAGAAGUUAAUCCACCUUCUUAAGAAGAGUUACACCCUGAAAUCCAAACCUGUGGGGUCAGUGGGGAGGAGUAAGUGCUUACACUACAAAGAACUGUCCGUGGAACUUAAAGUUGGAGAUGUGCUGAAUUUCCAACUGACCACCGAUGUCCAACGAGGCUUCCUGGUGCCGUUUGUGCAACUGUGGACAGUAGCUCCUGGCUUUGAGGUGUGCUUGGAACACACUGAGCGACCCAUCAAUUGCUUCUCCAAGUACACUUCCCAAGCCUCGAAGAACAUUUAUAAGAACGCCUCUGAUUAUCGCAAAGUGUGGCUGCCUCUUUGUGACAUAGAAGCAACUUUGGGCGCGUUGGCUGAAAACAGCUCGAUCGUCUUGCAAGACGUCCAGAUCGUUUGGAAGAGGCAGCGGACCUCACAAGGUCAGCUCUGUGGAACCAUCAACCUCACCAAGAAGUUCCUCAAAGAAUGUGGCAUUGAAGUGGAUCUUGGCGCCUGCUACAUAUGCAUUCGCCUUUCGGGCCUCCGAGGACCUGGGAUUCAGGACAAAGAGGAAGACCUCAGUCAGAGCUUCCGGCAACUCCGUUUGACCAAGGAAGCAACCAAGACUCAGGAUUUCAUGAUUGAUCCCGAUACGUACACUUGGGUGGCGCAUGGAUGUGCAGAUAAGUUUGAGGAGAAUGAAAAACCUGAUCAGCGGGGUGACGUGGUGGUGAAUUUCUACAUCAAUUUUAUGUCCAUGGAGAACAUUCCCUUUGAGGUCACCCAGAAGAGUUCAAGGUUCAGUGUAGAGCUGAUUCCGAAGCAGCUGCCUGAUAUCCGGAAAGAGGCAGCUGUUUGGAAACUGGAGUAUGCCUCGGAACUUUCUCAGAGCAUAGCGCUGGGUCGACCCAUUCCAGUCCAAAGGGCAAGACCUUCCAAUAUUUUGAAAAGACAGAAUUUUGACAUCCCGGGCAGUAGCCAUAAACUCAAUCAAAGUCAAAAUAAUGCCAUCCAGGAGGCACUGAAAAAGUCCUUCACUCUAAUUCAAGGACCGCCAGGCACUGGGAAAACCGUGGUCGGUGCUCACAUCGUGUACUGGUUUCACCAGCUCAAUCAGGAGAACAAUGGAAACCCAACUCGAACUGGGGCGGUGCCACCACAGUCAACCACGGGUGCUACCUCAUUCAAGAGCCACGUUCUGUACUGUGGACCUUCUCACAAGUCGGUUGAUGUUGUUGCUGAAAUGCUCAUGAAGAUUUCUCAUGAUUCCUUGAGGCCUCUGAGGGUCUAUGGACAUACAAUUGAGUCAAUGGAUUUUCCUUAUCCCGGCAGCAACCUCCAGUUUUCUCCAAAAGCUCAGCGGAACACAAAAUCGAAACCAGAGAUCAGGAGUAUCACUUUGCACUAUCGGAUCCGGGGGAAAAAAAAUCCUUACGCGGAACAGAUCCUCCGGUUUGAUGAACGAGUGAAACGUAAAGAAGAGAUCACAGAAGACGAAGUUGAGAGGUACAAAGGGCUGCUGAGCAAGGCACGAGGGUAUGAACUGCAAUGCCACAAUGUCAUCCUUUGCACAUGUUCCGCCUCUUCGUCCAAAUUCCUUGUGGAUAAGCUCCAGGUCAAGCAGCUUCUGAUCGAUGAGUGUGCCAUGUGCACGGAACCUGAAACACUCAUCCCGUUGGUGAAUUACAGGAGGAUUGUGCAGGUUGUGUUGUUAGGAGACCAUAUGCAGCUGAGACCUGUGGUCCACAGCGACUUCUGCAAGAAACUCGGGAUGGAGAGGUCUCUCUUUGAGCGCUACCACAAGCAGGCUUUGAUGCUCAACAUCCAGUAUCGCAUGCACAAGGAUAUCUGCCGGUUCCCUUCCAUGACCUUUUACAACAGUAAACUGAUGACCAGUCCCCAAAUCAUUCGUGGAAGCAGCGCGCUCUACCACCGUAGCGAAUUUGAGUGCACCCCCAUCAUCUUUGGCCACAUCGAAGGAAGAGAGAGGUCCCUCGUGGUCUCCACGGAAGAGGGGAACGAGAACUCCAAGGCCAAUCUGGAGGAAGUGCAGCAGGUGGUGAGAAUUGCAAAGCAGCUGACCCUAGAUAAAACCACCAGACCGGCCGAGAUCGCCAUCCUGACAGGUUAUAAUGCCCAGGUCACUGAGAUCAAGAAGCAACUCGCUCUGGAUGGCAUGCGAGACAUAUCCGUUUGCACCAUCAUGAAAAGCCAAGGCAGCGAAUGGAAAUACGUGAUAGUGUCCACGGUCCGCUCCUGUAACCGGGGAGAGAUUGAUGAAAGCCCCACAAGGAGUUGGGAGAAUAACCGUCUUGGCUUCAUAGCAGAUGCCAAUCAGAUCAAUGUCUGUCUCACUCGGGCACAGGAAGGCCUCUGUAUUAUAGGAAACAGGUAUCUUCUGGCGAGCAAUUCUGUGUGGCGGAAACUUCUGGAUCAUUACUCUAAGCAUGGAUGCCUUACCACGGCCAAUGCAAUUAAGAUUAAAAAGAGGACUAGUCUUCGCCCGUAAGAAGGUAUGAUGGGAAAAAAAACCCCCUUCUUUCUUUUUAAUCUCCUGGGCAUGGAGACCAUACCUAAUUCCAGGAGAAGGGAUUUACCAACACUGAGCCAAAACCGGGAGCCUUGUGGCUAAGGACAGGUUGCCAGGAAAAAAAUAAAAAGCUACUGCACGACUUACUUUUUCAGGAUCCAAUCUCAGAGGAGACUCUGCCUUUUUACGGGGAUGAGAAAAAAAAAAAAGGGCCGUCUCUUGAUACAUUUUUAGCAUUCAGGAAUCUUUUAGAAAAGCAACUUCAGUUGGGGCAUUUAAUAGAUGCGGUUGAAGAAUGAAGCGACUGGUCCAUCACAAACCUGCGAGGAAUGCUUGCAACUCGGAGACAGGGGAAAUUGCCCCGCCGAAGAGCAGGGCUCCGGCUGCAUUUUUCAAACCAGAUCUUUGGAAGGAAGAUCAAAAUCCUCAUCCGCCAAUCCUGCCCCGUCCCAAAUCAACAAAACGACAAACUGACUCAGCCACCCGACGCAAUGCAAACGAUUCCUUUCGAUCUCUGACCUGGAACGCUUUUUUGUAUACAUUUUUAUAUAUAUAUAUAUAUAUAUAUAUAUUUUAGCCCGGUUAGAUUUUACUUGAAAUAGUUUCUUCUUGCUAGUUGUUUUUUUUUUUUUAACGUGCUUUUAAAAAGAAACGAAAACUAAGAACCACAGAACUGGGGGUGCCUUCUUAAGCUUCGUGCUGUUUGAUCUAGCAAACCCUUUGGGCUGAGCCCACGAAGGGGAUCGGGGGUGGUGGUGGUGGCCCUUGCUCCAGGUCGCCGUGUUUUCUCUCUCUACCUUUUAGCCAAAAUGAGAUCGUCACCUCUGCUGGCCUUGAACAGGAUCGGGAAAAACUGGGUGCGAUGGCGUCUUAGUGAGUUUUGAUGGCUGCAAUUGGGGGGGGGGGAAGAAACUACUGCCAAAUCAUCUUAGGCGAACUCAGUCUGAUGAGCGUUGGUGGUGAUAAAACCCACCCUCUGUUUAGGAAGCUGCUAUAAGCUUAUAUGUAAUAGUGCCUAGUGAAGCUCAAUGAACUGUGGGCGCGUUCACACAAAGUGCUUAUCCAAGUCAGCAGCAAAGCGAGGAUUUGCACAACGGGCUGCACCUUUUUUUUUCUUAGCUUUAACCUUAAUGCUGUAAGGAAAGUGUGGUUUUAUUGCAAAGGGUCGAUUGUGAGGUAACCUCCAGAAGUUUUGGACCUGAACUGCCCCAAACUCAUGGGUCUUUGGUGCUCUUUCAGCCUGGUUGUUUUCUUGCAGAUGUUUCCCGACCAGACUAGGAGCAUCAUCAGU